AUGAAGUCGUUUGGAACUUCUGGCACCAAAUUUAGGCAUGCAUUCCGCAUCUUCCGCAGGCAUCUAUCCAUAAGAGCACUGGAAGAAUCGCGACACGAGAGAUUCAAUCACAAUCAGCUGCGAACAAAUGGCACAAGAGAGAGUGGUAUCGCCAGGCAUGCUGGCAUGCUGCUUUCCGGAAUGGAAGCUUUCCAGAGUCCGCGGAAUGUCCCGCUUACUGUUUCCUUUUCUUCCUCGCCGCAUGGCGACUACAUCAAGCCCAAGAUCAGGUUUGCGCUGGUUGUAAGGGAUGGAGCAAGAACCCAUGCCACACAAACAGCUAUGUACCCCAACUCCCAAUCGUCGUGUGACAUUUGCGACCCUUCCAUUCUUCUUAUCUCCCUCCUCCCGGGUUUCCAUCACACGCUCCCCAGACCCUUGACCUCUAGCAAGCUCUCAGGCACGUCAGAUCCAACGCAUAUUUCCCCAAUCCAACUCCUGCCCUUGCUAGUGCAAUGCUUGUUUGAGCUGAGAGGAUAUGGCGUGUACAAUCCAGUCCUGAGGACCCUCCCUCUUCUGGAAGACCAUGAAGAACUCCAAACCUACCCUGCUCGAACCAAAGUCACAAACAAACCAACAUCGUAUUGUAUCAUCUGCACAAAGUGA